AUGGUCAAGUUAGGUUGUUGUUUCAUGGUUUUAAUUCUGGUGUCCAUUUCAGAGGCACAGGAUUCGGAAGAAACCGAUUUAGUGGAAAGUUCUGUUGGCGAUUUAACUGAGGAAAAAUGCAAUAAGAAGCGUAAUGGCUGCUGCUCAGAGCUUUAUAUAGGCGAAGAAGAGGACUUGGUUAAAUGCUUUGUAAUACACUCGCAAAAAUUACCGGCCGAUGGGGACACUGAUGUUGGUAAAACCCUGCGAUUUUUAUCGUGUUUUGUGGAGUGUAUUUACAAGCAAAAGAAGUACAUUGGUAAGAGUGACACCAUUAACAUGAAAAUGGUGAAGCUAGAUGCGGAAAAAAUGUACGCGGAUCGCCCGAAGGAGAAGGAAUACCACAUCGCAAUGUACGAUUCCUGUCGAAAGGAUGCAGUUGGUGUCUACAAUCUUCUAAAGUCAAGUCCUGGGGCUAUGGUUCUUCUUAAGGGAGCUUGUCGUCCCUACUUACUGAUGGUUUUCAUGUGCAUGAGUGACUAUCAUCAAAAGCACGAGUGUCCCUACUUCCGAUGGGAGGGUUCAAACAGUUCAGGAACGAAGGAUCAAUGCGAAUUGGCAAAAUCCAAAUGUUAUCAAAUAGAUGGAAUAACACUGCCCACAAAAAGUCCUCUCUAA